GAUAUAUUGAUAUGCUUAUUUAGGUCAUCACUGAUACUUUUCAUACAUGUUGAUUAUAUAUACACUGAUAUGUUGUAACUAAUUCGUUAAUUAUAGAAAUGUAUAAUAAACAACCACCGACAAAAAAAAGACAAACACCGUGUGAAGACGAAUGAAUUCGAUAUUUAACCAUCAAUCAAUAUUUCUCUGAACAUCACCGAAAGUUAUACCCGACCCUAACCGGGUUAUUAAUUCGAAUUUGAUUAGCCGGUUUAGAAUUCGUCUUACUUCUUCUUCUUCUUCUUCUUCUUCUUCUUCUUCUUCUUCUAUAUAUAACCCAACUGUUCUUGAAUAUUUCUUUCUUGUGCUUUACUCGUUCAAUCGAUUUCAAAUCUCUUCUGAACUUUUUUCACAUCCAUUGAAAUGGGAAUCUGUGUAUCGCUCAAUCGGAGAGACUCCAACUCUCCCCCAACGGUGAAGAUCGUCUCCGUCAACGGCGAUCUACGGGAAUACAAUGUUCCGGUGCUAGCAUCUCAGGUUCUUGAAGCUGAAUCAUCGGCGGCGUCGUCCUCCUCCUCUUAUUUCAUCUGCGAUUCGGACUCUCUCCACUACGACGAUUUCAUCCCGGCGGUCAAAUCGGAAGAGCCGCUUCACGCCGAGCAGAUCUACUUCGUCCUUCCGAUCUCCAAACGGCGGAACCGUCUAACGGCGCCGGACAUGGCGGCUCUCGCCGUCAAAGCAAGCGUCGCGAUACAAAACUCCGUCGGGAAAGAUUUUCGGCGGCGUAAAAAGGGGAGGAUCUCGCCGAUCAUGGCGCUUACUCAUCAGCCUGACGGUUCCGUUGCUGCUGUUAACGGAGAAGCAAGCGAGUCAACGGCGGUUAGUAAGGGAAGACCGUUGGUGAAGAGAACGACGACGUAUAAGGCUUCGAGUGGUUAUAACCGGUCCGGUUCGGUACGUAAUUUGAGAAGGCAUACUUCGAGGCGAGCAAAGUUGGCGGUUCGAUCGUUUAGGCUGAAGCUUUCAACGAUCCACGAAGGCUCCGUCGUUUAGAUUGGCUAUAUAAUAACUCUUUGUCGUAUUUAUUUUUGCGAGGCUCAAACAAAUGAGAAAUUAAAAAAUGAAAAACCAGUAUUAGAAUAUAAGCAUAAUAUUAUUUGCAAUUUUGUUUUCGUUUGUUAUAAACUGAUGCAAGUCUGUAUAUUUCUUUUCUUUUACGCGCUUUGUUUGUAUGUUUGAUUGUAUAUAGAAAACUCUUGUAUAUAUUGGUCACGUACCUCACGCUAUAGAAAAGCAUAUAUGUUACCAAA